CCCGUUUCUUUGCCCGCGUCGCUUUGCCCGUCAUUUUGUUGAUUUCGUUCCUUUAUUUGCAGAGCUCGUGGCUAGCGGAGUUGCUAGUCCUUGAGCCAAUUCCUCUUUCACAAUGAGUCUUGCUAGGCCAGCAAGAUGCCUGUUCUGCAGCUUCUCCCGUGCUGCCACGCAAAGCACGCGAGUGCCCCGUCGCCAAUUCCACCCAUCGCCAGCGCAGUUGACGAACCGGAAACCCAAAUUCCCGAACAUCAAGGCUCCGGAGGCUUCCAUUGCAUCGGGUCCUAAGCCAGAGGACUUCAAGCCUUACACGGAAGAGGAGAAGGCGCACCUUGCCAAGGAGUACUCGGCCGCCCAAUUGGAAGCCGUCAAGGCCGGCGAGGCUGCCAUUGACCCCAAAGAUCUGGCUGCGCAGUUGAAUGAACGUGACGACCCUUUGAAAUUCAACUACGUUGAUGACUUUUCCGUCAUUGAGCCCGGUAUCGACCGACACGUACGCGCCCCCGAGUCGAACUCGGACUAUAGCUUCAAGCUCAAGAGCGAGGAUGACUUUGUCAAGGACUUUGGCCGUUUCUUCGCGGAGAUGCCAGAGGAUGCGACAGCUGCAGACUUUGUUCGGUUUACGGACGAGCUGCGCUUGACACAUGGCAAGGAGGAGAAUGAGCUGAACCCCCACAGUGCUCUCGUUCCCGACCUAUUCGGCCCUGGAGAGACCAUCGAUGAGCCCCGUGUGGAGGAGCGAAAGACUGCCGCUGAGAAGGGUGAGAAGGAACGUUCUUUGCAGGCUGAGGAGAUGACCGAUGCUCUGAAGAGCCUGCUCCUCGCCACGGGUUAUACUGCCAACCAGAUUCGCGAUUUCCGCCUCAAGACUCUGGUUUCCCACUCGGUCGUGAACCAGACUCGUCUCGGUAAGGUCCGUCGUGCUUAUCGCCUAUCUAUCGCCGGUAACGGCAAUGGUCUGUUGGGUAUUGGCGAGGGCAAAUCCGAAGAAGCCGCCGAUGCGAAGACCCAGUCUCAGUACCGCGCCAUCCGCAACAUGCAGCCGAUUCCCCGAUAUGAGAACCGUACCAUCUUUGGCGAUGUGAAUGGCAAGGUUGGAGCUGUGGAGUUGCAGUUGAUGCACCGUCCCCCAGGCUUCGGUCUUCGUGUCCAGUACCUGAUCUACGAAAUGUGCCGUGCCGCCGGUAUCCACGACCUUGCUGCACGAGUCAGCCGCUCCCGUAACAAGAUGAACACUGUCAAGGCUGCCUACGAAGCUCUCAUGAGCCAACGUGACCCCGAGGAAGUUGCCCGCGCUCGUGGCCGGAAGAUGGUCGACGUGCGCAAGGUCUACUACGCUGGAAAGGCCUAGAUGUGUGGCUUGACAGCUGAUCGAGCCGGGCAUUUUCUCUCGGCGUGUAUAUAAUGGGUGUCUUUUUUUCUCUUGCUCUUCUCCUUGUGUCUUUUGCAUGUAUUUGUAUCUGUACUCCUACGGUCAUCUUUCAAAAGGAUCAAUCAAACAAUUUCUCUCAUGAAUGGAACACGUUAGGUAGCUUGUCCCCAUACAGGAAAUACCUUACAAAGAUAGCCAACUUG